AUGACUACUGAUCGUCUCUGUAACGUGUCAGUGGUGUCCUCGUCCGCUGCCGUUGCGGAUCAGGAUUCGGGUAUGGGGAAUUUAUCUUUAUGUGAUGAUUUGUUGUGCAAUAUUUUGUUUAGAUUAUCACAGAAGGAUCUGGUGAAAUGCAAGAUGGUGGCCAAGUCAUGGCAUCAAAUAAUCUCUCAUGUUUGGUUGCGGAGAUUUUGGUCGCAGUCUCCUGUUUUGGGUCUUUUCUUCCGCACUCUGCACGCACCUGAUGAUAUUUGUGUUAAACUCAGUUACAGCUAUCUAGAUCUUAAUUAUAUCUACUUGCACAAACCAACUAAAUUAGUUUCCCGUAUGAGAUUAUUGGGCUUCUAUGCAAAUCAGACGCGCGACACCUCUGAUCGUAACCUCGACUGUUGUAAUGGCUUAAUUCUGUUGUUCAACCCACACACUUAUCAGUUCUGUGUCUCCAACCCCAUCACCAGACAACAUGUCUCCAUACCUAAAGCAUUUUCACAUGAACAUGACCAUUUUUGUGCUGCCUUGGCUUUUGACCCUAUUGAAUCCAAUCACUACCUAGUUGUCCGAAUUGAUUAUUCUCAACAACAAUCAUGUUGCCAUUCGACCUUGACCUCAAACUCAACCCUAACCCCAACCCUGGUGCACAUUGACAUAUUUUCGUCGCAAUCUGGAGAAUGGAUUCGACAUGGGUUGCAACUCGACCCCAUGUUUAUUGAGGGGUUCAAAAGUUCCAAGGUUUGCAGUCAUUUUGUGUACUUGCGUGGGGCUAUAUACAGCCUAGCUUGUUCAGGGAAACUUUUGUGUAUUGACCUGAAUACUAUCAAAGCUCGAGCCUUUGAACUCCCUCAUGUCCCUGAAGACGACGACAACCACGAUUUAACAAUGGCAUGUCUUGGGGUGUCAAUGGAACUUGUCUGUUAUAUAAAGCGUGAUAGUUCAAAUGUUUUUCGCUUUUGGUCUUACGAUGAUCGAUGCGAAUCUGGUGAUAAAUGGAAUCUCAGAUAUACUCUUUUUGGCAAGGGAUUGGAAUGGCGCUUUCCGUGUGAUAUUGGUACUCCAGUGUUGAAACCACAUGCAAUAAGUCCAUCUUCUCAUGAAUUUUUCUUUGGCACUUCAGAAGGGAUCUUAAGCUACAACUUCGAAAGCAAAAUGUUGAAAUUCGUCCAUCAAGCAAUUUUCAAAAUAGCUCCACCUGGUUCUCACUUUCCUUCUUUUACACUACGUGCUUGCUUGAUAAGUUUGGGUGAGAGGAAUGCCGGGUCUACUCAACUACCAGUGGACAGUUCCAAGGGAGCAAAGAUUUUAAGUGCGGAAGCACCAUGUCAAUGUGAUGAACUAAAUAAUAGCCAAAUACAAAUGGGCUUUGUCGGCAAAGACUAUAUAGUUCGUAGCCAAAGAGGGUUUACUCUUCCUAGUGAAAUGAAAUUAUGUGCAGCAAUGGAGCUACAGGAUGCUUCCCCGAGUCCAAUAUUCCAAUUUCCUAGGAUCAGAUCAAAAGUCGUGUUGCAAAGCAUGUAA